AGCACUGAUACGAUCUCGUACAAGUCUGCUCCCACGGAUGAUGUUCAAGUGGUGCCUUGUGUUAUCAGGAAGAAGCCGCGGUUUGCGCCAAAGAUUCUAAAAAAGAAGAGCUCGUUGAAUAAAGUGUCAAAGGAACCGAAUGUGAAACACGUCACGUUUGAGGUGGAGCAGCUCCUGUCUCGGGAAGGCAACAUACAGGAUCGCAGUGCAGCUCGUGAACGCCUUGUUAGGCCCAAUGACGCCAUGCAACGUGUGAACACGAUCUAUGUCCAGUCGGUAUAUUGGGCAGAUGCGUUCUUAUUACAACGCUUGUAA